AUGGUAGAUCUCGACAAGGAACGACCUCUCCAGGAUGUUGGAAAGAAUUAUCUGCAAAAUUUUGAUGAAAACGGCCGGACAGAAAUUAUUGCUCGAAGAACCCUGAUGACUGGGCUUCUAGGUGGCAAGAGUCGAUCCAAUGCUGCCAGAUUCGCAAUUUUGGCUUUGCACUUACUGGAAAACUAUCGAAAACCGUCGCGUGGUGAAUGCGAAAAGGGGGAAGCAGGGGCCUGGUCGGUCGCAGCUAGGAAUUUUUGCGAGAAAGAAGAAGGGGGAAUUGCUCAAGCCGUAUAUAAGCGCCUGAGAGGAUCGAUUUCGGGUUCGAAGCCGUAUUUUGAGCUGGAAAAGGACGAUUACCAAGAGAUGGCUGAACUAGCGAAGGGAAAAGAAUUGCGCACGACCAACACCGAAUCUCACAGCGAUAAGCCUGCCCCCGGUAACAUCAUUGUGGUAUCGAACAGGUUGCCCGUGACCAUCAACAAGAACCAAAAAACUGGUGAAUAUGAGUACAAAAUGUCGUCCGGCGGGCUGGUGACAGCACUGCAAGGCUUGAAGAAAACUUCAACAUUCCAAUGGUACGGUUGGCCUGGUCUCGAAAUCCCAGAUGACGAGAAGGAGGGGGUGAGAAAAGAUCUGCUCGAAAAGUUCAAUGCUAUACCAAUCUUUUUGAGCGAUGAAAUCGCAGAUUUGCAUUACAAUGGGUUCAGCAAUUCUAUUUUAUGGCCUCUGUUCCACUACCACCCCGGUGAGAUCAACUUUGAUGAGAACGCAUGGCUAGCAUAUAAUGAGGCAAAUUUGACGUUUGCAGAGGAGAUCUUCAAAAACAUACACGACAAUGACGUCGUUUGGGUUCACGAUUACCAUUUGAUGCUAUUGCCCGAGAUGAUCAGGGAGAGGAUCUCUCAAACAAAACUGCAAAACAUCAAGCUUGGAUGGUUCUUGCACACCCCAUUCCCCUCAAGCGAAAUUUACAGAAUAUUACCGGUAAGACAAGAGAUCUUGAAAGGUGUCUUGAGCUGUAACCUCAUCGGGUUCCACACGUACGAUUACGCCAGGCAUUUCCUUUCUGCGGUACAGAGAAUCCUGAACGUGAAUACCUUACCGAAUGGUGUCGAAUAUCAGGGCAGGUUCGUGAACGUCGGGGCCUUUCCUAUCGGUAUCGAUGUCGAAACCUUCACAGAUGGUUUACGGAAGCCUGAGGUUAAGGAAAGGAUCAGCAAACUGAAAGAGACUUUCAAAGGAUGCAAGAUCAUUGUCGGGGUCGAUAGACUGGAUUACAUCAAAGGUGUCCCACAAAAGCUUCACGCCUUGGAAGUGUUUCUAAACGAACACCCUGAAUGGAUCGGUAAAGUAGUGCUCGUGCAGGUGGCCGUGCCAAGUCGUGGCGAUGUUGAAGAGUACCAGUAUCUGAGAUCAGUCGUCAACGAAUUGGUGGGCAGAAUAAACGGUCAGUUUGGUACUGUCGAGUUCGUUCCCAUCCAUUUCAUGCACAAGAGCGUCCCCUUCGAAGAACUGAUUUCUCUGUAUGCGGUGAGUGACGUCUGUCUAGUCUCCUCCACUCGUGACGGUAUGAACUUGGUCUCGUACGAAUACAUUGCAUGUCAAGAGGAGAAAAAGGGCUCUUUAAUAUUAAGUGAAUUUACCGGUGCUGCUCAGUCCCUGAACGGAGCAUUGAUAGUAAACCCCUGGAACACUGACGAACUCUCCGACGCCCUCAACGAAGCAUUGACGCUACCAGAGGAGAAGAGAGACGCGAACUGGGAAAAGCUGUACAAGUACAUUUCCAAGUACACCUCCGCCUUCUGGGGUGAAAACUUCGUCCACGAGCUGUUCAGCACCUCGGACAACGCCGAGUAG